AAAAUCAGCCUGUUAACUUUAUCAACCAGAGCAUCACACUCGCUUUCUCGUUCACGCGCUUCACCAUUUCCUUCACUACACCAAAAGAACUGCGAAAAGAAAGACACAAGUGAAAAAAAUCUGAGUGAAUCAAUAUAGGUUUAGGGCUAUCCCUAAUCGGGAUAUUGUUAAACCCAAUUCGGUGUUAAGAUCAAUCAAGAUGGGCACGAAUUCGUUAUCUUCAGAAUCAAUUACCGAUCUUGAUCAACAGAUCGAGCAACUCAUGCAGUGCAAGCCUCUCUCUGAACCUCAGGUUAGGACAUUAUGCGAGAAAGCUAAGGAGAUACUAAUGCAAGAAAGCAAUGUUCAGCCUGUGAAAAGCCCUGUGACAAUAUGUGGCGAUAUUCAUGGGCAGUUUCAUGAUCUUGCAGAACUUUUUCGUAUUGGAGGGAAGUGUCCUGACACCAAUUACUUGUUUAUGGGGGAUUAUGUGGAUCGUGGCUAUUAUUCUGUUGAAACCGUGACGCUCUUGGUGGCAUUGAAAGUGCGCUAUCAUCAUAGGAUUACCAUUCUCAGAGGAAACCAUGAAAGUCGCCAGAUUACUCAAGUUUAUGGGUUUUAUGAUGAAUGUCUAAGAAAGUAUGGUAAUGCUAAUGUUUGGAAGAUCUUCACCGACCUUUUUGACUAUUUCCCAUUGACUGCAUUGGUUGAAUCUGAAAUAUUUUGUUUACAUGGUGGAUUGUCCCCAACUAUAGAGACUCUUGAUAACAUAAGAAACUUUGAUCGUGUUCAAGAGGUUCCUCAUGAAGGAGCCAUGUGUGAUCUGCUGUGGUCUGAUCCAGAUGACAGAUGUGGUUGGGGUAUAUCACCUCGUGGUGCCGGGUAUACCUUUGGCCAGGAUAUAUCUGAGCAAUUUAAUCAUGUGAACAGCUUGAAGUUGAUUGCUAGAGCACAUCAGCUUGUUAUGGACGGAUUUAAUUGGGCACAUGAACAAAAGGUGGUUACCAUAUUUAGUGCACCUAAUUAUUGUUACCGCUGUGGAAACAUGGCCUCCAUACUGGAAGUUGAUGACUGCAAGGGCCACACAUUCAUCCAGUUUGAGCCAGCUCCCAGGAGGGGAGAACCUGAUGUUACCCGUAGAACUCCUGAUUACUUCCUGUAAGCAGCCUUUUGUAAUACCACCACCACUUUCUCACCCACCCACCCAACCCCAAAUCCCUACUUCAUGCUCAGAUGGUUGUGGAUCCUAGUUACUUUGGGUCUAUCAAAUUUAAGUUCUAGUAUGCCUUGCCGAUGGUCAUGGGAUGAGAAAAAGCCUGUAUUAUAGUAGGCAAGUUGGAUGCCUUUUCUUUCCCGUCUUGCCUUUUCUUUCCUGUGUUGUGCUUGAAACUACGCUGGAUAUUUUUGUGGGAAUCAGCUAAGCUGAUGCACAGUGAAGCAUUAGAAUGUAAGGUAUCCCUGUUUCAUAUUUA